AGGGGACGAGGUGACUGGAGGCUGAUUCUGCUGCCAUGGGGCUUCUUGUCCCUUUUUCCAUCAAUCUGAAGUUUCCUGUUUGACUUGGUCACUGGAGUUAACUCAUCUCAGUACACCCAGACCUGCCCCGGCUAUUCAGGGCUCCCUAAUUGGGUGCUGAUUGUGUGCGCAGCAGCAGCUGAGCAAGGGCUGUGUUCAUCAAAUAACCCAGGAGUUACAUGUUUGCUUAAGGACCAGGAGCUUUUGCUGUGACACCUCUUGCUCACAGGUGUGAGCAAGAGUUUUUUUAUAGACCCAGCCAGGCUGUGGAUUAUUUCCGGGCUGUGCUGCUGCAGCCAGGGCUGAUUACACAGAUACUGCCAUGGUGCCUUGUCCGUGUUUGUGUUUGUGAACAGCAGGCUCUGCUGGGCUGCCUGCAGAGCAUAAGGGCCAAUGCAGUAGUUGCACAUAAAGCAGGCACAGUGAAUUUUCCCUGCCCCCAGUUGUACUUUUCCUGUAGGGACACCUUUGCAGGUGCCCUGUAUGGAAGGAGCCAAGGCUCUGGGCCGGGUGGAGGGCUGCUGGGGUAGAACACUUGCAAGCAGCUAGGCUGGCUUGGUAAGGCUCGGCUUAGUCACUUCCUUUGGGAGCGGGGAGGAUGCACCUCCUGUGUGGGAGCCCCACCUGAGCCUCCUGGUGCUGGGGAGAAAUGUUGAGGUGCUCUCUGCUCACCAGGAAUGGUCCUGGUGGGCUGGUGGGUCACACUCGGCGGAGAGCACGGGCUUUGCUUUGUCCGAGAGGAGCCAGGAAGGGCUGAGAGCUGAAACCGCGCCCAGCAAAGCCUGGGGCACAAACCGUGCUGGGGCUGUUCCCAUCCCACAGCUGCUCCUGGAACCGCUCGCAGCAGUCACUUGGAGAGCCUCAGCCCACUUCCAGCACCUCGCCACGCUGCUGGGAAGCCGGGCUCGGGAGAAAAUCGCCAUCGCUGUGAUCCCGUGGUGUCCUUUGUCACGAGCUGUCCGUCGGCUUCGAGAGGAUCCCCUGCGUGCCUGACGCGGUGUGUCUGCGGCUUGUCCCUCGGAUUCCCCGGCUCGGCCAGUCCUUACUCAUCCCCUUGUUUGGAGGAGGGAUUUCACAGCCCCUGCUGAGCCCCGUGAGGAUAUUUCUGGGCUGAUGGAGCAGCAGAGCGGGAGCUGUGCAUGACAGGGGCUGCCAGAGGCGUGCCCGAGCGGGGCCGGCUGCUCCCCUCCUGCAGCAGAGCCCAGAGGCACCUGUACAGCACCGAGGCGUGUCAGGAAACCUGAUGCCUCACCUCUGCCAAUGUGGAGGCGGAGGGAGGAGGGCCCAAAGACAUGUCCCUUCACGCUCGCAACAGCUGAAAACAGAGAAGGAAACUCGCUAGAGCCUUUCCCAGCAGCGCAGGAAGCCUCCCUGCCCCGCUCUCACCUCAGCAGCCCUCCCGUACUCCACUACUCUGGGGGGGUGGCUGUCCCACACCCGCCGGGCGAUGAACAUCGCAAGGAGAAGAGGCUUUUACAGACAGGAGGUGAACAACACGCUCUGGGAGCUGCCCAGGAGAUACACAAACCUGCACCCGCUGGGCUCCGGGGCCUACGGCUCCGUCUGUUCAGCCAUAGACAAGAAGACGGGGGAGAAAGUGGCCAUCAAGAAGCUGUGCCGCCCGUUCCAGUCAGAGAUCUUUGCCAAGAGAGCCUACAGAGAGCUGAUGCUGCUGAAGCACAUGCAGCAUGACAACGUCAUUGGGCUGCUUGAUGUCUUCACCUCCACUGCCUCCUACCAGGGGUUCCAGGACUUCUACCUGGUGAUGCCAUACAUGCGGACAGAUUUACAAAAGAUCAUGGGACAUGAAUUCAGUGAUGAAAAGAUCCAGUACCUGGUCUACCAAAUGCUGAAAGGGCUGAAGUAUAUUCAUUCAGCUGGCAUCGUCCACAGGGACCUGAAGCCAAGUAACCUGGCUGUGAAUGAGGACUGCCAGCUGAAGAUCCUGGAUUUUGGCUUGGCCAGGCAGGCUGAUGCUGAGAUGACUGGCUACGUGGUGACACGGUGGUACAGAGCCCCAGAGGUCAUCCUGAACUGGAUGCAUUACAACCAGACAGUGGAUAUCUGGUCUAUUGGCUGUAUCAUGGCAGAAAUGCUGACUGGGAAAACACUCUUUAAAGGAAAAGACUACCUGGAUCAACUGACCCAGAUCCUGAAAGUAACGGGGCAUCCAGGAGAGGACUUCUUGGAGAAGCUGGAGGACAAAGCGGCAAAGAGUUAUAUCAAGUCCCUUCCUAAAAUCCCCAAGAAGGACUUGUCUGUGCUUUUCCCUAAAGCAAAUCCUCUGGCUGUGGACCUGCUUGACAAGAUGUUGCAGCUGGAUGUGGAAAAGCGCCUCACAGCAACACAGGCCUUGGCUCACCCCUACUUCGACCAGUUCCGAGACAUCGAGGAGGAGACAGAGGCACAACACUCCUAUGAUGAUUCUCUGGAACAUGAAAAGCUUUCCAUAGAGGAGUGGAAAAAGCACAUUUACAAGGAGAUCUUGACCUUCAGUCCCAUUGCUCGGAAGGAUUCAAAGAAGAGAAGUGGGAUGUCCUUAUAGCGACGGGUGCAGCUGUGGCUGGGACUCAGUUCUCCCUGAUGACAUCACAUUCAUUCCACACUGUGCUGCUGGUGGCCUGUGGGACCUCUCUCUAUGUGCCAGCACAAGGAUGACACCGUGCUGUGGGCACUGGACUUUGUUCUUCUAAAGGGGAAGCACCCCAGACAGUUUUCGACAUAAAAGACAAAUAUAUUCUUGUUGAAACUUUGAGAGAA